AUGGAGGCACCGCUGGCACCGCAGAAGUGGACCGAUUGCUGCUCGAACUUGAGAAGAACCUCGAAGGCGCGAAGCUCUCUUUGCAACGCCGUAUUGCAGACAACGCCAGCCCAAUCUUCACAAAGCGGGCAAGGUAUUACCGUACUUUCAAAAUAUGGUCUUGAUCGAGACGAUGCUCCAGACACAUCUCGCGAAGCUCUGCGAUGCCUAGCAAACGCCUUUUACCUCAACGAGCCGUGCCGUCAAACGUUCGUCGAUCUUGGAUAUGCACCAAAAGCUGCGGAAAGGCUCAAAGUCGACAACCGAGACGACGAAUUCCUCGUCGCACGAAUGCUGUUCCUCCUGACAUAUAAAACGAAAAUCGACUUUGGCGCCCUCAUCAAUCAACAUCAGCUUGCGGAAAGCAUAAAUCAACAUAUCGCCAGACACGCCAAGCGCUUCUCGAAACCAGAGCGUACGAGCUCUGCCACCUCACCGAUGCAUGAUAUGUCGAUGACUGAGACUUUGAAACUGUUGUACAACAUUAUACACCACUACCCUGACCAGGGCUCGAGGUUCUUGCCAUCGAUCGAGCCUUUGAUCAACAUCAUCUUGUAUUUCCCUUUACAAGAACAACCUCUUCAGCCCCCGAUCACAUCCGCUCUAAAUGCGUUGGGAAAAUUGGAUCUUCAAGCCACGGAACCUGGAGCGAAAGUGGAGCAAGAGUCGAGUGUGAGUCCUUUGUUCCCACAAUCUGACCCGAAGUCCGUGAUCGAGCGCUUGACUUUCAUCCUGGACGGCGCCAUCCGGCAUCAAGCCGAGAAGGACAUUGAUGAGGCUGCAGCAACCUUGUGUGCUUUGUUGAUACUAGGGUAUGAGCUUGGAACACAGGAGACAAAAUCAUGGAUGCAACAACUUCUUCUUCCAACCAGCGAAGAUCGCGAGAGGCCACUCGGACAAGGCAACACGCUGGCCUCUCGUCUGCUGCGACUUUCAUGCUCGCCAGUCCUGCCGAGGCUACGCAUUGUUAUCUCAAGCUUGCUGUUUGAGCUCAGCGACAAGGACCCUGACAGGUUCAUCAAGAACAUCGGCUACGGCUUUGCAUCAGGCUUCCUCACGAGUAAGAACAUCCAGAUACCACGCACUGCUAUGGAUUCCGGCAGCACAGAAAGUGACGGCGUUACGGGAACUGGGUUCGACAUCAAUCCCGUUACCGGUCAGCGACUGAGCGCAGAGAGAGCGAAUGCACCAAAAGUCAAAGAAAUGACGGAUGAGGAAAAGGAGCGCGAGGCUGAGAAGCUCUUCGUUCUCUUCGAACGACUCAAGGCGACCGGUGUCAUGAACGUGCAGAAUCCUGUGGAGCAGGCUAUCCAAGAAGGAAGAUUUGAGGAACUGGAUGACUGA